GGGAUUUCCCUAAUGCAAUGGAACAGUGUAGAAAUAUUUUUUAGUUCCGUUUCCCCGAUCGUGCCCGCGGCCAGACAGCCUCCAGCUGGUCCAUCAGACACACGGGGACAAUAUAAAACUAGCCUGUCCAGUCCACAACAUAACUCAUAAUGGUUGACGAAGCAACACGCAAGACUCUCAGUUCUAUCCCACUCAUGCGGGUGAAAGCUGGACCUCGUGAUAAGGAGGCUUGGGUCACUCGCCUCAAGGAGGAAUACCAAGGACUUAUUAAGUACGUGCAGAACAACAAGGAGGCAGACAAUGACUGGUUCCGGCUUGAAAGCAACAAGGAAGGCACAAGGUGGUUCGGCAAGUGUUGGUAUAUCCAUGACAUGCUCAAGUAUGAGUUUGAUGUUGAGUUUGAUAUCCCAGUGACGUACCCAGCCACUGCACCAGAGAUAACACUACCAGAGCUUGAUGGGAAGACAGCCAAGAUGUACCGAGGUGGCCGCAUUUGCCUCACAGACCACUUCAAGCCACUCUGGGCUCGUAAUGUCCCAAAGUUUGGAAUUGCACAUGCCAUGGCACUUGGGUUAGGUCCAUGGUUAGCUGUUGAAAUCCCUGAUAUGAUUCAGCGAGGAGUCGUCACAUACUCUGAGAAGAAAGGUUGAUUGGAGUGUUAUUUAGUAAUUAAUGUAUUACAAGAACCAGUUGUGCUUGUUUUAAAAUUCCAUAAUUUGAUCAUUCUAAAACAUUCAAAGCAAAUGGUGAUGUUCCAGUUGGUGAAAAUGGAUUAUAUUAGUAAUGGGAGGAUAAUGAAUUAUUAAUACCUGGAGAAUCAGGGAAGAGUCAAAGUUUUGGGACAGUGAAAUUAUUUUUUUAAUAUUUUCACUUAUAUCUGCUAUUUUGCUAAACCUUAUCAACCUGGCAAAUAAAUACCACAAUUGUGUAAGGUUUACUUUCCCACAGGCACCUUCAUAGAAGGCUAAAAAUACUGGAGGCACAGCCAAAAAAUAUUUGAACACUUAACCUCGUUAACAUUACCAAGAUUAUUAUAUCAGGCCUCAGACAUCUCGGCCAAUUUGUGACCACUACAAAAAGUCUUACUACAUUCCCUGAUGUGCUACACCGUUUGCAACUAUUAAUGUAAAACUUUGGAUUUUGUCAACAAGCAAAAUAUAUUUUAUUGACUUAUAAA